AUAUAUAUUCACAUUGCGGGACACUUGACUCCAGUUUAAAAAAAAGAAAAAAGAAAAAAAAGAUGAUUUUCACAUUGCGGGACACUUGGCUCAACCUUGGAUGACAGGAUGCAUAUCUGCUGCCUUGGAUGGUCACAACCUAAAGAUCACGUAGUUGCAGGAUGAAAACAUGGCUGCACCCCUUCUCGCACCGCCAGGACCUAACAGCUUCAAGAGGUUUAAUGUGGAAUCUUUGGCGACCCUCGAGCAGCGCAUCAAUGAGGAGAAGAACAAGAAGCCGCCCAAGCAGGACAGCAGUUACCGCGAUGAUGAUGAUGAGAACAAGCCCAAGCCCAACAGCGACCUGGAGGCUGGGAAGAGCCUGCCCUACAUCUAUGGAGACAUCCCUAAGGGAAUGGUGGCGGUACCACUGGAGGAUCUGGAUCCGUACUACCUGAACUCUCAGAAAACAUUUAUAGUGCUAAAUAGGGGGAAGACAAUCUUCCGUUUCAGUGCCACACCUGCCUUGUACUUCAUAAGUCCUUUUAAUCUGGCUAGGCGAAUAGCUAUUAAAAUUUUGAUACAUUCUCUUUUCAGCAUGAUCAUUAUGUGUACUAUUUUGACCAACUGUAUAUUCAUGACCUUUAGUGAUCCUCCCGAGUGGUCAAAACAAGUAGAGUACACAUUCACAGGAAUUUAUACGUUUGAGUCUCUUGUAAAAAUCACAGCACGAGGAUUCUGUAUAGAUGGCUUUACAUUCCUCCGAGACCCAUGGAACUGGCUGGACUUCAUGGUCAUCUCCAUGGCGUAUAUAACAGAGUUUGUAAACCUAGGCAAUGUCUCAGCUCUGCGCACGUUCAGGGUGUUGAGGGCAUUGAAAACUAUUUCUGUCAUUCCAGGCCUGAAGACCAUCGUGGGAGCCCUCAUCCAGUCUGUCAAGAAGCUUUCCGAUGUGAUGAUCCUGACUGUCUUCUGCCUCAGUGUCUUUGCACUCAUUGGUCUGCAGCUCUUCAUGGGCAACCUGCGCCACAAGUGUGUCAUCUGGCCCAUCAAUAUAACUGAGAGCUACUUGCCCAACGGCAGCAUGGGCUUCGACUGGGAUGAGUACAUCAUGAACAACACAAAUUUCUACUUCCUGCCUCACCAGCCCGAUGCCCUUCUCUGUGGGAACAGCUCAGACUCAGGUCGUUGCCCGGAGGGCUACACGUGUAUGAAAGCUGGGAGGAAUCCAAACUACGGCUACACCAGCUUUGACAGCUUUGGAUGGGCCUUCCUGGCUCUUUUCCGACUCAUGACACAAGACUUCUGGGAAAACCUCUACAUGCUGACACUGAGGGCGGCAGGAAAGACCUACAUGAUCUUCUUUGUGUUGGUGAUCUUUGUGGGUUCUUUCUACUUGGUGAACCUGAUCCUGGCUGUGGUGGCCAUGGCCUACGAGGAGCAGAACCAAGCCACCAUGGAGGAGGCCCAGCGGAAGGAGGAGGAGUUUAAGGCCAUGCUAGAGCAGCUCAAGAAACAACAGGAAGAAGCUCAAACUGCUGCCAUGGCAACCUCAGCUGGAACAGUAUCAGAGGAUGCGGUCGAGGAUGACGGGGGAGGGCAGCUGUCAUGCAGUUCUUCUGAGAUGUCCAAGCUCAGCUCCAAGAGUGCCAAGGAGCGGCGCAACCGUAAGAAGAAGUGGCGCCAGAAAGAGCAAGAGAAGGAGAAAGGUGACAGCGAGAAGUUUGUCAAGUCCGAGUCAGACGACGGCAGCAAGAGGAGCCGCUUCCGCUUUCCCGAUAACCGCCUGGGUCGAAAAUCUUCCAUUAUGAACCAGUCUCUCCUCAGCAUACCAGGCUCACCCUUCCUGUCCCGCCACAACAGCAAGAGCAGCAUCUUUAGUUUCAAGGGCCGCGGCAAGGAUGUGGGUUCAGAGAACGAGUUUGCAGACGACGAGCACAGCACGGUGGAGGAGUGCGAGGAGCGCCGGGGCUCCCUGUUCAGCCCGUACCGGCGCAGCAGCUAUAGCGGCUACCAUGGGAAGAGGAACAGCACUGUGGAUUGCAACGGCGUGGUGUCGCUCAUCGGCCCCGGGCCUGGUGGACGCCUUCUGCCUGAGGUGAAAAUAGAUAAGGCAGCUACUGAUGACAGUCCCACUAUUGAGGUUGAGGUGAAGAAGAAGCUGUCUGGCUCCCUGAUGGUGUCUGUGGACCAGCUCAAUACCUCCUUUGGGCGGAAAGAGCGGGCCAACAGUGUCAUGAGCGUCAUUACCAACACACUAGUGGACGAACUAGAGGAGUCCCAGCGCAAGUGUCCACCAUGCUGGUAUAAGUUUUCAAACACAUUCCUGAUAUGGGAAUGCUCCCCCACGUGGCUGAAGAUAAAGGAGAUUGUCAACCUGAUAGUCAUGGAUCCGUUUGUGGACUUGACCAUCACCAUCUGCAUUGUCCUCAACACGCUUUUCAUGGCCAUGGAGCACUACCCCAUGACAACCGACUUCGAGGCAAUGCUCUAUGUAGGGAAUCUGGUGUUCACUGGGAUCUUUGCUGGGGAAAUGAUGUUCAAACUAGUGGCUAUGGAUCCCUAUUACUACUUCCAAGAAGCCUGGAAUUGUUUUGACGGCUUCAUCGUGACGCUGAGUUUAGUCGAGCUGGCUCUAGCUGAUGUCGAGGGUCUGUCAGUGCUGCGGUCAUUUCGACUGCUGAGAGUGUUUAAGCUGGCCAAAUCAUGGCCGACCCUCAACAUGCUGAUCAAGAUCAUUGGCAACUCCGUGGGCGCUUUAGGGAACUUGACUCUUGUGUUGGCCAUCAUCGUCUUCAUCUUUGCUGUGGUGGGCAUGCAGCUGUUUGGAAAGAGUUACAAAGACUGUGUGUGCAAGAUCGACAUUGACUGCAAGCUGCCACGCUGGCACAUGAAUGACUUCUUCCACUCCUUCCUGAUUGUCUUCCGGGUGCUCUGCGGCGAGUGGAUUGAGACCAUGUGGGACUGCAUGGAGGUGGCCGGCCAGGGCAUGUGCCUCAUCGUCUUCAUGAUGGUCAUGGUUAUUGGCAACUUGGUGGUGUUGAACCUGUUCCUUGCCUUGCUGCUGAGCUCAUUCAGUGCAGACAACUUGGCUGCCACGGAUGACGACGGCGAGCUGAACAACCUGCAAAUUUCUGUCAUUCGCAUGAAGAAAGGCAUCGCAUGGAUCAAAGCCAAGAUGCGGCUGCUGGUGGCCAGUCUCCUGAGGAAACCACCCAUGGAGGAUGAGCAGAAGCCUUUAGACGACAUGUAUGACAAGAAGCUGAACUGUAUUGCCAACCACACGGGGGUGGACAUAAACCGAGAUCUGGACUAUGUAAAGAAUGGCAAUGGCACCACCAGUGGCAUUGGCAGCAGCGUGGGCAAGUAUAUGAUUGAUGAAGACCACAUGUCGUUCAUCCACAACCCCAAUCUGACCGUCUGCGUACCCAUUGCUGUUGGGGAGUCUGACUUUGAGAACCUUAAUACAGAGGACUUCAGCAGCGAGUCAGACAAUGAGAACAGCAAAGAGCUGGACGACACGAGCUCGUCGGAGGGCAGCACCAUCGACAUCAAGCCAGAUGUGGAGGAGGUGGUGGUGGUGGAGACGGUGGAAGAAUACAUGGAACCAGAGGCAUGUUGGACAGAUGCGUGUGUGGCCAAGUACAAGUGCUGCGAUGUUGACAUCACCAUAGGCUGGGGGAAGAGCUGGUGGUUCCUGCGGAAGACCUGCUACCUGAUCGUGGAGCACAACUGGUUUGAGACUCUCAUCAUCUUUAUGAUCCUCCUCAGCAGCGGAGCCCUGGCCUUUGAGGAUGUGUAUAUUGAGCAAAGGAAAACCAUCCGAAUCAUUUUGGAGUACGCAGACAGGGUUUUCACCUACAUCUUCAUCCUGGAGAUGCUGCUGAAAUGGGUUGCCUACGGCUUUGUCAAAUACUUCACCAACGCUUGGUGUUGGCUGGACUUCUUUAUUGUGGAUGUGUCUAUAGUCAGCCUUGUAGCUAAUGCGCUGGGCUACUCCGAUCUAGGGCCCAUUAAAUCACUCAGGACACUAAGGGCCUUGAGACCCCUCAGAGCCUUGUCACGUUUUGAAGGGAUGAGGGUGGUAGUCAACGCCUUGGUGGGAGCCAUCCCUUCCAUUAUGAACGUGUUGCUGGUUUGCCUCAUCUUUUGGCUGAUUUUCAGUAUCAUGGGGGUCAACUUGUUCGCGGGCAAGUACUACUACUGUUUCAACGAGACCUCCGAGGAGUACUUUUCCGUUGACGAGGUCAACAACAAGACCCAAUGUGAGGCCCUCAUUGAGCAAAACUUUACGGAGGUCAGGUGGAAGAACGUUAAAAUCAACUUUGACAAUGUGGGCGCUGGUUACCUGGCCUUGCUGCAAGUGGCCACAUUCAAAGGCUGGAUGGACAUUAUGUUUGCAGCUGUGGAUUCCAGAGAGGUGGAAGACCAGCCCGACUAUGAAGUAAACAUCUACAUGUACAUCUACUUUGUGGUUUUCAUCAUCUUUGGCUCCUUCUUUACCCUCAAUCUCUUCAUUGGUGUGAUCAUUGACAACUUCAACCAGCAAAAGAAAAAGUUUGGAGGUCAGGAUAUAUUUAUGACAGAGGAACAGAAGAAGUACUACAAUGCCAUGAAGAAACUGGGCUCCAAAAAGCCUCAGAAACCCAUCCCUCGACCACAGAACAUGAUCCAAGGAAUGGUCUUUGACUUUGUCACACAGCAAGUAUUCGACAUCUCCAUCAUGAUCCUCAUUUGUCUCAACAUGGUCACCAUGAUGGUGGAAACGGAUGAUCAAUCCGAUGAGACAGAAAAUGUCCUCUACUGGGUCAACUUCAUCUUCAUUGUGGUCUUCACGACAGAGUUCUUGCUGAAGCUCUUUGCUCUUCGCCACUACUACUUCACCAAUGGAUGGAACAUCUUUGAUGUGGUGGUGGUCAUCCUGUCAAUUGUUGGAAUGUUCCUGGCUGACAUUAUCGAGAAGUACUUUGUGUCUCCAACGUUGUUCAGGGUGAUUCGCUUGGCUCGUAUCGGACGUAUCCUGCGUCUCAUCAAAGGAGCAAAGGGCAUCCGAACGUUACUCUUUGCCCUGAUGAUGUCACUGCCAGCGCUAUUCAACAUCGGCCUCUUGCUCUUCCUGGUCAUGUUUAUCUUCUCCAUCUUCGGCAUGUCCAACUUUGGCUACGUAAAGCACGGUGCCGGCAUUGACGACCUGUACAACUUUGAGACCUUCGGCAACAGCAUGAUCAUCCUGUUUAUGAUCACCACUUCAGCCGGCUGGGACGGCUUGCUUUUGCCCAUCCUCAACUACCCACCAGACUGCAACCCCAACCUGGAGAACCCUGGCACCUCGGUCAAGGGUGACUGCGGUAACCCUUCAGUGGGGAUAUUUUUCUUUGUCAUGUACAUUAUAAUUUCUUUCCUGAUUGUGGUCAACAUGUACAUUGCCAUCAUCCUGGAGAACUUUAGCGUGGCCACGGAGGAGAGCGCCGAUCCUCUUAGUGAGGACGACUUUGAGACCUUUUACGAGAUCUGGGAGAAGUUUGAUCCCACCGCCUCUCAGUUCAUCACCUUUGCCAAACUGUCUGACUUUGCUGACGCGCUCGAGCACCCGCUUCGUGUGCCAAAGCCUAACACCAUCGAGCUGAUUGCCAUGGACCUGCCCAUGGUGAGCGGCGAUCGCAUCCACUGCCUGGACAUUCUGUUUGCCUUCACCAAGCGUGUGCUGGGCGACAGCGGUGAGUUGGACAUGCUGAGGCAGCAGAUGGAGGAGCGCUUUGUGGCGGCCAAUCCUUCCAAGGUGUCGUACGAGCCCAUCACCACCACGCUGCGCCGCAAGCAGGAGGACGUCUCGGCCAGGAUCAUACAAAACGCCUAUCGCGCUCACCUCAUCCGCCGCGGCAUCAUUUUCAAGCGCCAUGCGUUCAUCAACAACAAGCUGGAGAAUGGAGGCACCAACCAGGAGAAGAAGGAGAGCACGCCAUCCACCGCUUCACUCCCUUCGUACGACAGCGUGACCAAACCUGACAAGGAGAAGCAAGAUGACAACAAGGCGGAGUGGGCCAGGAAGGAGAAGGACAAAAACCAAAAAGAUGAGUGGGAAUCUAAGUGUUAGGAACCAUCAGACUCAUCAUUUGCAAGUAAUAAAACCUGAGAAAAAUACUGGAAGAAAAUGUUUACAGACUACUGAGGAAACAUGGUUUCUUAUGUCAUCAAAGACAGCUGAACCAAACACAAUCAGUUUACUGUGGAACUUAACUGCAUAAUGACCAAGCUCUUAGAUGUUAGUGACUGAAAACAGUGUGCUGGCCAUUACACACAUAUACACAAACACACACACACACCGAUAUCUUUGGGGACCAACGUGCCAAGACACAAAACUCUCUGCUGAGAGAAUGAGAGAACAGCAACAUCCCUGCCAACGGCGAGCAUGUGAAGCCCCUCUGCAAAGCUUCCACGCUGCAGCACCGCUAGAACUAUAACGUCAGGCUAAGGAAGAAGAAAAAAAAAUCAUAAAUCAACCACACGAGCGAGUGGGGGAUGGAUGGAUGGAUGGAUGGAGGGUGGGGGAAUACUGAAACGUGGACAAAGGGUUUAUUUUAGUUUGUUUGUGCCUCAGUGCAUCUUUACAUGAUUUGAGCAGGAAAAAACAAACAACAAAAGACGACAUCAAGCCCAUGUCACAAGCGCUUUCAUCUCCUCUUUGUUAUGCUGACAUAGGGAAAAGACAUUAUGGUUUUGGUCAUGGUUUUGACACGGGCUGCAGGAGACUUGCUCAGAUCAAUAAUAAUAAUUAUUGUGCUUGUUCAAUGCAUAGAAAUGACUUGCAUGAAGGCAUGUUUUGAUAAGGAAUCAUGCAUGAGUAAUCAUAGUUCAUACGACACUUAUUGCUCAUAAACCCACAGUGCUUUCAUAGUGUGAGCUAGGGGCUGCUCCCUGGGGAUAAGGAGAUCUGUAGUCUUUGCAAGUGUUGCUGCUCUUUUAAUGCAAACUUCCAAUGGCGCAAAUGGCGGCUGUAAGGCAACUUAAAUGUGAAGGUUUUUUUUUGUUUGUUUGUUUUUUUUGCUGCUCUGUAUGUGGAUGGCGGUGUCAAAAGAGGUAGAAUUCUAUCCUCAUGUCGAGGACGCUCGUUCAUCCUCAUUGGAGUGUGGUGCUCACAUCUCUUUUGUUGUUUUGCUGUUGGGACAACAUUCAUACGCCACAGAGUUUGGGAUCCUUGCUGCUGUUGUAGCCCUGACAAAGAAAAAGAUAUAUUUGAUUUCCUGUUUUUGUACUCGUGACAGAUAUGCAUUAGAGAUUCGAGCCAAUUAGUCUCUAUGUAAUGUCACACGUUUUCGACAAUUUGGAGCCAUCGUCUGGGAGUCUGUCUUCUCUGAUGUCCUCCCACAAGGCUGGAAAAUGACGCGGAACAUUGUGAAGUGCGGGUUAGUACACGGCUAUCCCAAGUACUUGCCUUGUCAUGCCUAGCAUCAACGCAAGGAAGGGGGUAAUGCAAAAAAAAAGGGCUUGUGGUUGUUAUAAUCCAGUGGGGUUUGACUGCAGGUGGCCCUCAACAACAGAAUCAACUGCCAUGUUUGUCAGUGUAUCAUUGGCACCAUCUUUUUUCACACACGUUUCCAGUGAGUCGGGCAUAGACGACAAAGGCAAGACUUCCUAUGUAACAUCAGCAGGCCUCACAUGGAUGCAGCUAUAGUGUGUGAGCAAUCAAAUCAGCUUUGUGGAUGUUUUCUCCUCCUUGAAGAAUCGCAAGGCUUUGUCAAUCCAGCUGCCUCUUGAGGUGUUCCUGCCAUUCCUUUUGUACGUGCCAGUCGAUUAUCCUAUUUCUACGCGGAUGACUUGUCCCUCGUCCGCCGUCGCACCACUAAUGCCAUUUGGUGUGUUAAACACUGCCUGUACCCCUUACGAAAACACCCCCUUCUGUCUAUACCAUGAAGCCAGGUCUGUUUACGACGUAAGGUCUCCCAAUAGGUAUGGCUGCUGCACACUGAAACCAAAUACAUUCCCGAUGAGCGAACCAUUGGAGUGAGCCGCGCCAUCCAGCUGAACCGCUCUCAUCUGGGAUGGAACUGGUCCGACUGACUUACUCACUACGUCAACCACAAACAAACAAAUAAAGAAAAAGACACACACAAAAAAAGAAGACGUGGCAAUGUAAAUGGCACAAUGGCGAGAAAAGAACGAAUUUUUGAAAGAAACUAUAAAUAUUGUACUAUAUGAUUUUAUUUAAUCGGCAUGCUUUGUUGUGGUUUUGUAAAUAAAGAAUUUUAAAAUUGUUACUACUACUAAUCACACACACAAAAAAAUAAUAACGAUGCUGUAGAAUGGCUUCCAGCUAUGCCCUUUGUCACAUUUGUUACCUUUUGGAUUUUUUGAGACACUUCUGACUUUAGUGACUGAAUUGAAGUGAAUGAUACAUACACACACACACACACACACACACACACAUAUAUAUAUAUAUAUAUAUAUACUAUAUAAUACGAAAAGAUCUAUCCAUAUAUACAUAUAUGUCUAUAUGUAUAGACACAUUUUGAUUUAGGUUCAACAUGUUCAGUGGAUGUUUCAAUGUUGGUGGAGAGGGACUGAGCUUUUUUGUUUGAAUUGUAGUCUGAUUGUGACAACGUAACCAUAAUGUUACCAGCACGUCAUUCACUCACUACACACGCAUGCACACACACACACACUGUGCACACUGCCCUUCUCUACCAAUCAGCUCUUCCUGAAAGACAUCAGCUGGUGUGACUCAUGCACUCCUGACCAUGUAUAGCCCACCUUUUACUCCUCAUCCCACCUUCACCACCACCCCCACCACAUUCGGUGCCAUGGCAGCUCAUCCUCAGCAUUUGCUUUCUAAAGUGUUCCCCUCAAUGGCAUGUGCCUUUUUUUCCUGGAUGUCUGCCACACCUAAAAACAUGGGAAAAAAAGAACGAAGAUGAUAGAAAGAGGUGGAGGGUCCAGUUUGGGGGAAGUGGGUGAGCACAGCAUGCAUCAGGAAUGUGGAAUCGUGAAUACUGCCAUGCAGACACCUCACAUCAUCUCCAUAUUCAAGUGUGUGUUGUUAAGAGAAAAAAUAGCUAAGUCAACAAUGUCCUGUUUUAGUGCUAUAUGUGUGUGCGCGCGCGUGUGUGUGUGUCACCCACACGCAGCUUGCCUUUGAUACGCUUAAGUUCCUUCACUGUGUCCCUCUGAAAUUUAUUUUUGUAGCGAUAUUCAUUAAUUAUAGAAUUCAUUAAUUUUUUUUAAAAGCAUGGUUAAUUAAUUAUGGCCAUUUCUUUUUUUUUUUUUGCUGAAAAAUUGUGGUUCGUUGUCAUUUGACACCGUGUUUUAAAAAGUGAGUGGCAAAGGAUAUUCAGUACAAUAUGCGGACUCUUGGCAAGAAUAUAUGAAAGAUUGUCUUCAUUUGAGCACGAACUUUUUAUUACCAAUAAAGCAGCCUUCCAGUUCAAA